UUUCUCUCUCUAUAAUUUUUCUUCUUUCUAAUUUUCUUCCCAAAUGAAAAUGUUUCUGCAAUUUUUUUGAUCGAACUCCAUUCAUCUCCAUUUAAUUGUUGGGAGGUAGUUGUGUUCAAUAAUAUUUCGGGGAUUCGUUAGUGGAUCUUGUUUCUGCAAUAAUAGGGAGGUUUGAAGGUGGGAGGGUUUAUGAGUUUUCCGAUGGUUAUGAAGAUGGCGGAGUUCUUCACAUGAUUCGAGAGUGUAAGGAGUUUGCCUGUGUUUCCCUUGGCACCUGAGAAAUUGGGAGUUUGAUUGAAGAGCAUAUACUGAAGGAGAUUUAAAGGAAUUUCGAUUCGGGAUAUUUUGUGGCAGAAUUAUCAGCUUUUAUCUGAUAGUUUAGUAAUGGGUGAAAGUUGGGGAAAUUGAGUUUUCGAAACUUUUUAUUUGCUCCAAGAAUGGAAACGGAAAAGGUACUUCGAUUAGGAAUGGAAAGCGAGACGAGUAAAAUUGAAAGCCAGGGCGUAGAUACCAUGGAACAGCUUAAAAUGGAAGAGCCUCAAUGUUCAGAUAUUGAAACGAUGGAAAAGGAUGCUGUCGAGACUGGAAAAUCAAUGGUGGAAUAUGGGAAUAAACACGAAACUGAGAUCGAAGAUUUUAGUUCGGAGAAGGGUGAUGGAGGAGGAAGCCAUGGGAAUGUGGUUUUCUCAAGAGAAGCUCCACUCGUUAUAAAGGAAGAUCCUAGCAUGAGUUCUUGUAGCUGUGGUGCAGAGAAACUUAAAUCGAGAUUGGCCGCCGCCUCUGAUUCCGAACCUGGAAAAAAUGGGAGGAAGCUGAGUCGACAAGAUAGGAUCGAGUUAGGUCGGUUGUUUCAAGGUGCUGUGAGUUCGCAUGAUUGGGAGCUUGCCGAGAGUCUGAUCUUGUUGGCUGAUCCUCAGACUUUGAAUGAUGCACUGUGCAUUUCUUUGGAUUCGAUUUGGUUCUUGAGCACACAACAAGAGUUGUAUGGAAUCACUGGAUUGAUCAAGAAGAUUAUUUCUGAUGGGGCGUACGACUUCACUCGAGCUGCUCUCAGGACUUCAUUUCUUGCUUCAUGUGUUUCCGCUUGUCAGAGUCGAACGAUGAGUCUUGCUGACACUGUUACCGUGAUGGCGCAAAGGUUACACGAAAGGCUUCAAGAAUGCAACGGAGAUGAAGUCUUGAAGGCAGAAGCUGGUGCCAAGGUUCAGAAAUUUACCGAGUGGGCCCUCAAAUGCAUAAGUUUCCAUUCUCGCUGCCAUGGAAAUAGGGACAGAGUGGGCCAUAACUCUCCUGUUGAGAUCCAACUGCAGUUAUCUGCUUUCAAAACCUUCCUAGAUCUUGCAGGAAACCAUCUUACCGGAAAGGAUUUUACCGAAGCAUUUGAUGCAGCAUGCUUUCCGCUAACUCUCUUCUCUAGUUCAUUUGACCCUGGUUGGGCAUCAGGUAUAUCAGCUACUGCAAUUCAGGGAUUAUUGGGAAUGCUUGUCGAGGGUGGAGCAGACAAUGUUAACCAAUGUUUUCUGGAGGCUUCACGUUUUGGUAGCACCGAACUUGUUCGCAUUUUGUUGCAGAUUGCUCAAAGGAAUAGCUUGGAUGUGGAUGUUGACUUGGCACUAGGCUUCGCUUCACACUAUUGCAAAAUCGGCACUAUGGAGUGCCUAGUGGAGGAGGGCAAUGCAUUGUCUUUCUUAGGCCCUUUAAUGAGAGCCGCCGAGAGAGGGUGCAUGCCAGUUGUACAGUGGUUCGUCAAACGAGGCUGCAGAGACAUGGAGCUCUGCCUCGCCCUAACCGCCGCCACAUCCAGCAGCCAAGUCGAGGCGGCAGCUUACCUCCUCCCACACGUCCCCCGCCACGUCCUCGCCGCUCUCAGCAUCGAAAUCCUCAAGGCCGCCGGUGAACGCAGCAGUGGCUCCCUCGACGGGGUGUCAUUUCUCCUCCGAUCGGAUUUUCUGGCGGACCCCGCUGCCACCUACGCGGUGGCUGACAGCAUCGCCACGUCAGACGACGAAGCGAUUGCCCCCCAGCUCAGGGCUUUUCUCCGGGAGCAUUGGUCGGAGGAGGCUUUCUUGGAGGGGGUGAGAGAAGGCGAGGUGCAUUUUCGUAACAUUGUGGAGAUUAUGAAAUGGGGUGAGUCACCGAUUUGUUUGGGGGAUUUGCCGGGCCCACUUAGGGUGGCAGUGGCUUACUUGCCUUUGUAUAGAGAGUGCGUUAAGGCAGGGGGACGGUUAUUGUCUCAGAGGCAUAGAGGGCAGCUUCUGGAAGCUUCUAGAAGGCUUGGGGGUGGGGAUUUGGACGGGCCGGGACAGAAGGGAGAGUUGAUGGCUGUCUUGGAACAUAAUCUGCCUCCAUUUUUUCUCGACGAAAAAUCGAAAUGAUUGAUGGAUGUUCUUUUUUUCUUCUAAAUAAUGAAAUAUUUUUAGACAUGGUGAAAGAUGUUAGGGUAUGUCUUAGGUUGUACUUGUGUACUCCUCUGCUGCUGCUUUUGAUGAUGAUGCAAAAAAAUAUACCUAUGGGUGUGUUUGUAAAAGAAACUGUGCUGAAAUGGUUUGGAAAUCUGUUGUUCCAACUGAUUUUUGAGCUUUGUUUGGUAUAUGAAGUUAUGAGUAAGAAAGGCAAGUAAAAUUAUAU